AUUGGACGGAAGGGAAGAUGAGCCGGGCGCCCCUAUUGGAUGGCACUGGAGAGGCAAGGCAAGAAGGAGGGGAGAAUUAAAGGGGCAGGGGUCGUUUAAAGAGGCCUGCAUUUAUUUGAAGGCAAGCCAGGCCUGAACACGGGUCUCCAGGGUUCCAGAUAUGAUGGAAGUAAAGAAGCGGAAAGUCCAGAAUUCUCCAGAAAGCCACUCAGGAUGCCUGAAGCGAGUGAUGAAAGAAGAAGAGGAGCCUUGGGAAUUGAUUCACCAGGUUUCAGAGAUAAAGGUCCCCUCUCCAACUGCCCAUUCAGUGAAAAUAGAAGAAGGUGAACCAGAGGUCCAUCCAUCUCAGAAGAUCAGGACAGUUGAAGCUUCCUGCCCUGGGCAAAAUCUUGCUCAUACUUCACUUCCAACAGCAGAAGGUUUCAAGGUGAAUUCUGUCGAAGCACUUCAGCAAACUCCUUUCUGGAGGCGGUCUUUAGCUGACCAGUUGCAAGUCAUAGAGAUGGGACCGGAGAGGCCUCCUCUGAUGCUGCAGCAGUCUGGUUGUGACAGAGGGAAAGAGUAUACUCGGAGGUUCAGUGCCAAGUGGUACGACAGAAAGGAGUGGCUGUGCGGAAGUGCCACGAAAGAUGCUCUCUUUUGCUUUCCCUGUUUGCUCUCAGUGGGCGGCACAACGUGGACUCAGACCGGGGUCAGGGACUUAAAGCAUCUGGCUGACAAGAUCAAGAAGCAUGAAGAAUCCAAGAGCCACAUGGACAAUUGUGUGAAGCUAGCCAAGUUAAGCAAAAACACUGUGGUGCAGCUGGGUGAAGAUGACCUUGCAUCUAUAAAAAAGCACAACCAAGAAGUUGAAAACAACAGAUACAAGUUUUGGGUCGUUGUUGAAAGCAUAUCAAAUAUUAUUGAUAGCAUUCCAUUCUGUGAUGCUUUUGAACUGGGGCUUUCCGAUCAGGAUGAGACGGAGGAUUCAAUGAACUUGGACAUGUUUGGGGGGAAGCUGAAUCCUGUGGCACCCAUUGACCUGGUCAUGGAACUUCACAUGCAGAGUUCCUCUGUGCUGAAAGAUCUGUCAAAGAUGACUCAGAAUGAAGUACUUGACUGUAUGUCAAAGGUGGUGAAGGAUUAUAUUAAACAGCAGGUGAAAAGUGCUCAUUUUGUGGCCAUGGAAGUGGCUCACAUAAAUGUCUCCAGCCACCCCCAAAUGGCAGUGACCUUCCGAUACAUCGAUGAACACUGUUCAUUGGUGGAAUGCUUUUAUGCCGUCGUUGAACUGGAAGACCAUCAGGCUGAAAAUGUGGCUGCUUUUUUGCUCCAACAGCUUGAAGAUGUGUUUCCAGAAGCGGCUGAGAAGCAGAAACUUAUUGCCCAGAGCUAUGAUGGGCUGAGCAUGGCACACGAUGACCACAUCGGAGUACAGAAUAAGAUUCGGGAAGUAUUCCCUCAUGCCCAGUAUGUUCACUCCUGUGCCCAUCAGCUCAACGUGGUGAUACAGCAAGUUGCAUCCCAAAUCCAGGAAGUGGGAAGUUUCUUUGCAAAUCUUUCCAGGAUCCCAGAGUUCUUUGCCUCCAGUGCAAAAGCAAAGGUGGUUUUGGAAACUAUUCUAGGACUCCAACAUUCCAGAUCAUCUCAAACCAACUGGAACCUUAACAUCCAAACAGCGAAUUACGUGUUUGAAAAGAGGCUGGAACUAAUUGAAUGCUUUCUUGAAAUCAAAAGGACUUGGAAGUCCGAUGACCCUGCAGUCCAGAUGGCUGGCCAGAUUCUCCAGUUGCUGGAAAAAGAUGGUGAGUUCCUCUACUUUUUGUCCCUGUUUCACAGGAUAAUGCCUCAAGUGGAUGCCUUCCGCAAGCAGCUUUGUGUUUCAGGGAUGGGCCCUGUAGCGGUCAGGAAAGCUGCCUCAAACUUUGUGAGCAACAUCAGUUCUGUCGGUGAUUCCAUUGGGAGCUUGUUCUCCAAGUUGCCUCCAGAAUCUGUGCUGCCUAGAAGCAAAACAAAGGAAACCCUGGACCAAAUGGCAACAGAAGCAUGCAAGGUUAUCAUUGCACAUGCUAAAGAACGUUUUGCUUUUACCACUCACCUACUGGGUGCAACACUAGUCCAGGGGACUUUGUUUUGGGCACACAACAGGACGUUUCCACAGGAGGCAUUGGAUCAAACGGUUGAGGCCUACCCAAUGCUGGAGAAAGAGAGGCUAAAGACAGAACUUGGCGUCUUGUACAAAAUGAAAGAACUCUACAGCUGCACGAGCCUUUCAACACUUUUGUGUGUGCUCAUAGACACACCCUUAGAGCAAACAUUGACAUUGCUGAGGAUUGCCAUCACCACCCCAAAAAUGGUGGUGGAAGCAGAACAGACACCUUCAGCGCUGAAGAGGGUCAAGGCUCUCCUGCGCAACACGGCAUCCCAGGACAGGCUGAGUGCUUUGGCCACCCUGUUCAUUGAAAAAGACAGGAUCAAAAACAUCCCGGACUUCAAUAACAAAACAAUUGAACUGUUUGCAAGGCAGGGAGAACAUGAUGUGGACUUCUUGUACAAAUAGGGAGCGGGGUUGAUUUUCCAGAAACUGCUUUUCAGAACUGAGUUUGUUAAAUAAGUAAAUAUGCUGAUAAAUUGCCUUUCAGACAGAUGGGAGUCAAGCUCCAGACAGGAGUGAGUGGUCUUAUUCAUGCUACAAGUUCUCCUGGAGUUUUUGCUUCCAGUUGGCACGUGGUGAUCACAGUUCAGCUUUUCUGGGCUAGUGUUUCGAGUACAGUGGGUUUUUGGUAUCAGUUAGGCUUUGAUUGAGGACUGACACACACACACACACGGAUACCUUUAUAUAAAAUGGUAAUUUUGGGAAGGUGUGGGCAUUUUAAAGAUGUGAACUGUUGAGUUUGUAGAUAAGAAAACUGACAAUACAGCUCCCAUAAAGCCCAUCCUGCCAAGUUAGAUUGAGAAGCUGGUGUAGGUUCUGAAAGCUGAACCUCAUUCAGAGACUUUUGCCUGCAGUCAAAGUUGAUGAGAGGCCCAUAUCUCAUGCUCCCUCAUCUCUUGAGAGCGACCACUCUCAAGAACCUCAGUAAGGAAGCAAGUGUACAACAUGUAGCAUUACCCAACCCACAGUGCGCUCUGCCAAAACACAGACAUUAUCACAGAUUUUUACUUUUGAACAGUCUCUAUUUUGUUGCCAUUCUUUUUUCCUGGUAAUCAUUUUUAGAGAACAAAAUGAAAAGUAUGUGAAAAUAUAGUUGAAGUAACAAGUAAGCUGCGAAGUACAUUAGCCUGUUUGUCAUUUUAAAUACGAUAGAAAGGCAGACUGAUAGACUGAUUACUGCAUUCGCAGAUUUAUCAAGAUGAAUUUGCGGACUUGUUAUAAUAUUCUUAUAUGGGCAAGCUGCAUGUGUUUUUGUCCUUGAAAAUAAUAAAACUAAAGUUUUUUUU